CGGACUUAUAAAUUAGUGAUAACCCGAUUUUAAAUAUAAAACAGGAGAAAUAUGGUUAAAGCUGUUAAGUUUUAUUAUAUAAUGAUUAUCUUUCUUUCCUUAUUUACUUUUUCAAUGAACAGUAAAUCAAUUUUGGUAUGUAAAGUUAAUGAGGAUUGUCCACAGGAAUUGUGCGAGCCUGGUAUGAUAGUGAAGUGUGAUUUGCCAGAAUAUCCGUAUUAUAUUAUACUAAUAAUCAGAUUAUACGAGAUGUGUAACUAUUGCAGAUUGUCCAACAAAUAUGUGUCGACCUCAUGAAAUGUUGAAGUGUAAGAACAAGUAUUGUAAAUGUUUAACAGUGUGGACCACAUAUAAGUUUGUGCCCACAUAAAUAUAAGCUUAUUGUAAUUUUUUUCAUUCCUACUCCAUAUAAAAAUAUCUAUUAAAUUGAAAAGUAUUUUUCUUAUCUAACACAGAUAAAUAAGUUGGGAUAGAGAUGAAUUUUUUUACCGAUGAAAUUUUGACUUUGAUCUCUAAUUUUUUGGUCGCAAAACAUAUUAACAUAUAUUUUUUAUAUUAUUUUAACCUCACCUUAUGAAAAUCUAGCUUAUUUUUUGUAUUUUAAAAAGUAUUUUGUUACUCUUUCAACUUUAAAGUCAAUUUCUCUUAUUAGAUAAUAUAUAAUCUAGUCUAUCAUCUUUCGUUAUAUUUAAAUUUCUAAUUUUAUUUAAUUUAAAUCUUAGUGCUCUGAAAUCAAAAAUAUCGAAAUCUCCUUGUUUCUUAAAAUAAUUUUUUAUAAUUUAUUUUUCUUGUUUUAAUCAUCAUCUAAAUAGUCUUAAAUUGUAUUAUUUUUUAUUAAAUCUAAAUCUAUUAUAAAUUUAUUAUCAUAUAUACUUCAACUAAUAAAAUAUGAUCUAUAUCACUAUUAUAUAAUCUAUUUCAUUUUCAAAAAAAAUAUAGUUUGUCCACAUAAUUUUUCAUACUAUUUACAUAUUUUGUUAUUAGGUCAUUUGGUAAGUUAAAUUUCCAAAUACAUCUUAAUUUUUCAUAA